UUGCGGGAGCAGCGGAGACACCGCCGCUGUCGCGCCCACGGCUCCGAGCCUCCGCCCUCCCGCUCGGCCGCCGGCUCUAACGGGCAGAAGUUAUACGUCUACUAAGUGGAUGUGCUGGAUAACAUGUCCAAUGUACUGGAAGACAGAAGUAUCAGACAACAGGACAUUAAAAAAGGGCUGCAGUUUAUACAGUCAACUUUGCCCUAUCCAGGGACGCAAGAACAGUAUGAGUUAUUUAUACGAGAACUUGUUAGAAAUCUCUUUAAUGAAGGGAAUGAUGCAUACCGAGAGAGAGAUUGGGGAGGAUCACUGAGCCACUAUACAGAAGCUAUAAAUGUAGCAGAUUAUGCGAAUUCUGAAGAUAUUCACAUCCCCAGUGAAAUAUUAGAGAAACUGCAUGUGAAUCGGAUAGCAUGUUUUUCAAAUAUGGGAUUAUAUGAAAAAGUUUUAGAAGAUUGUGAGAUAGCUUUAAGGUUGAAUGACAAUAACUUCAGAGCUCUAUAUUGGAAAGCCAAAGCCUUAAAUGAAUUAGGAAGGUAUAAGAAAGCUUAUGACGCUGUAGCAAAAUGCUCCCUAGCUGUACCACAGGAUGAAAGUGUUAUAAAGCUAACUCAAGAACUUGCUCAGAAACUAGGAUUAAAAAUAAGAAAAGCAUAUGUUAGAGCAAAGCCACCCUCCUCGCAUUCAGUUUCUGGAGAGCUGUCAAUUAAGAAUUCUAACUCUCCUAUAGAAGAUAUUGAGUCAGAUUUAUCAGAACAUAAGCAAGAGACACUUUCCUCUGUUUCUUUGUCUGCAUCAAACUUUUCUCCUGAAGUGUCAAAUGACUUGAUCUCAGUAUCUGUGCCAUCCAUAUCUUCUGUUAUGUCUCUUCAAGUGGAAAAGAGUUCUUUGCCUUCUGCAGUGUUGGCAAAUGGAGGAAAUGUUUCUUUCUCUAUGCAAGAAGCAUGUUUAGAUUGUGGAGAUGGAGAUAUCAUUAUUGGAGAAGAACUUGAUGAGCUACUUGAUUUAGUACCUCACCCAGAUGAGAGUGUAAUGCAAACCACAGUAGUCAGAGGAUCCAUUCCAACAGCUAGUGUAGCUCCUAAAAUACCAUUCUCCACUCCUUUGUUGGGGGCAUUACCAGUUGGUGCAGGAUUUGUUGCUACAGCCUCCUUUUCAGAAAUGUAUUCACAGCCUUUGGCUUCUUCAUUAGAAAAUUUUUGUUCUACUUUAAAUAAUUUUUCAAUCAAUGACGCAAAAAGAGAUCUGUCAAGUUCAGUUUCGAGAGAUGGAGCACCAGCACUUAGCAGUAGUUCCUCUUUAUUUCAGAUAAAUGGUCCUAAUAGUUUGUUUGGAUCUGAGAAUUACAUGGGAAUUGUAGGUCAAAAUAGAAAUGACUUUUCAAAUAUUUUUAGCAGUGCACCUGCUAACAUACCAAUAUCUUCAUCAGUUAUUGGAAGAAACCCAUUAGAAGGUACACAUGACCUAAGACAGGCCUGCCAAUUAUGUUUUAUCAAAACAGGUCCUAAAUUGUUGGAUUACACUUAUCAUCCCAAUUUAGAGCAUAAGUGUAAGAAGGAUAUUCUAAUUGGUAGAAUAAAGAACUCUGAAGAUAAAUCAUGGAAAAAAAUACGUCCAAGACCAACAAAGACUCAGUAUGUGGGACCAUAUUAUAUAUGCAAAGACGUUGCUGCUGAAGAAGAAUGUAGAUAUCCAGGCCAUUGCACAUUUGCAUACUGCCAGGAGGAGAUAGAUGUAUGGACUUUGGAGCGUAAAGGAGCCUUUAGUAGAGAAGCUCUCUUUGGAGGAAAUGCAGAAAUCACCUUUACUGUAUCCCAACUCCUUCAAGAGCACCAUGGACUAUUUAUGUUUCUUUGUGAGAAAUGUUUUGAUCACAAACCCAGAAUAAUAAGCAAAAGGAACAAGGAUAAUUCUUCUUCUUGUUCUCACCCUGCUAUGCAUGACUUUGAAGAUAACAAGUGCCUUGUCCAUAUUUUGCGAGAAACUACAGUGAAGUAUUCCAAAAUUCGUCCUUUUCAUGUUCAGUGUCAGCUUGACCUGUGCAGACAUGAAGUGCGUUAUGGAUGCUUAAGAGAAGAUGAGUGUUUCUAUGCACACAGUCUAGUAGAGCUCAAGGUUUGGAUAAUGCAAAAUAAGAAAGGUAUUUCACAUGAUACUGUUGUUCAAGAAUCAAAGAAAUAUUGGCAGAAUAUGGAAGCUAAUGCACAUGGAUCACAGGUUCUGGGGAACCAAGUGAAGCACGGAUCUCUUAAUUUGAAGAUGAAGUUUGUGUGCGCCCAGUGCUGGAGAAAUGGCCAAGUUAGUGAGCCAGACAAAAACAGAAAAUACUGUAGUGCAAAAGCAAGACACCCGUGGACCAAAGAUCGUCGGGUAGUGCUGGUGAUGUCUAACGAACGUAAGAAGUGGAUGACCAUUCGUCCUCUUCCCACAAAGAAACAAGUGCCUUUGCAGUUUGAUUUGUGCAAUCAUAUUGCUUCAGGCAAGAAGUGUCAGUAUGUUGGAAACUGCUCCUUUGCUCACAGUCCUGAAGAGAGAGAAAUGUGGACAUAUAUGAAAGAGAAUGGUAUUCAAGACAUGGAGCAGCUCUAUGACAUAUGGCUCAAGACUCAAAAACCAGAAAAAGGAGAUGAUACAGCUCCUCAGGCAAACAAGGAAAAUGGGAAACAAAUUCAUAUGCCAACUGAUUAUGCUGAAGUUACAGUAGACUUUCACUGCUGGAUGUGUGGAAAAAACUGUAAUAGUGAAAAACAAUGGCAAGGUCACAUUUCUUCAGAAAAGCAUAAAGAGAAGGUAUUCCACACUGAAGAUGAUCAAAACUGCUGGCAGUAUCGCUUUCCAACUGGGUUUUUUAGCAUUUGUGAUAGAUAUACGGCUGGUGCUUGCACUGAAGGAAACAACUGUAAAUUUGCGCAUGGAAAUGCUGAACUCUGUGAAUGGGAAGAACGAAGGGAUGUUUUAAGAAUGAAGCUCAGGAAAGCAAGGAAAGACCACUUGAUUGCUCCAAAUGAUAAUGACUUUGGAAAAUAUAGUUUUUUGUUUAAAGAUUUAAACUAACUCUAAAAUGACACAUUCAUGUUACCGGUUGAAAGCAUAAACCAGAAAAUUUGACAGUAAUCAAAAGCAUGUGACAGAAAAGUUGCAGGCUUCCUGCUUUAUUGGCAUAUAUUGUUCCUCCUGAACAGCAAAAUAUAGUAGAUUUAGGAGGAUUCAGCAGACCUGUCUAUGCUCUCAUGAAACAGAAUGGUGAAGUAAUAAUAAUAAUAAUAAUAGAAAUCCUUAAAGUAUUACUUGCUUAUUCACCUUCUGUUGGACAGAGUGUUAGGAAAUAGGAGGAGGGGGAGAAGUCAUAAUGUCUAGAAAGCCCUCCCUAGUUGUUGGUCCUUCAGCUGAAAACUUUAAGGUAUGAUUACAAAACACAUUAUGUGUUUUGGGCUAAGAAGAAAAUGAUGGAUGAAAAUUCUUCAAAUGUUUUAAUGGAGAGGAUUUGUUUAAAACAAAAGUUUGCUACUUAUCUAUAUGUAGGUUGCUAAAGAGGAUUUUCUUAUUAAAAAAGAUUUUAAGCAAAUAACCAUUUAACUACAAUAUAUGUUGAAUGGGGUAUUUUUUCUCUAUUUGUAUGUUUCAAUAUCACUUACUGAAAAGGAUCUUGGGAAAAUAUGUAUUAAUUUUUGAAAAAUCAAGUAGUUAAAAUUCUGUUUCUUGGACUUUGCUGUUUAAAUGAUGAUUUUGAAAGAUUACACUUGUAUGUCAGUAUUGUGUAUUGUACGGACCAAUGUUGCCUGUAAUAAAGAGAACUUUACAUAAA